AUGAGGGGAGCGGUUCACAGUCAUUUAGAGGAGAGUAUUCGUCCAUAUAUUGAUCUAAUUGACACUCUGCGGUCAGCUGGGAUUCAUAAGGACUUGGCGUUACCGACUAUCAUAGUAAUCGGAGACCAGAGUUCUGGGAAAAGCUCUGUGUUGGAAGCACUGUCUGGAGUUCCAUUACCAAGAGGGAGUGGAAUUGUCACCAGAUGUCCAUUAGAGCUGAGGCUGAAGAAGGUAAACGUUGGAGUCAACUGGAAGGCUGUUCUGUCUUACAGCAAUAACAAAAUUGAAUUUGUGGAUUCAUCAUUACUUGAAAACCAUGUACAUGCAGCCCAGAAUGAGCUGGCAGGAAAAGGGGUAGGAAUACGUGAUGACCUCAUCACAUUAGAGAUCAUGUCACCAGAUGUGUGUGACCUCACACUGAUUGAUCUACCUGGAAUUGCCCGAGUCCCAGUAAAUGGACAACCACAAGAUAUUGGAAACCAGAUAAAACGUCUGAUCAGGAAAUAUAUUGAGAAGCAAGAGACUAUAAACAUGGUAGUGUGCCCAUGCAACACUGACAUUGCAACAACAGAAGCAUUAAAAAUAGCUCAAGAAGUAGAUCCUGAUGGCAAAAGAACUAUUGCCAUUUUGACCAAGCCAGACCUCAUAGAUAGAGGAACAGAAACGAGAAUUCUGGACAUUGUCCACAACAAAGUGAUUCCUCUUCGCAAAGGUUACAUCAUGGUGAAGUGUAGAGGACAACAGCAGAUUGAUGAUAACAUUUCUCUAGAGGAGGCAGCACAAAUGGAGAGCGAUUUCUUCAGAACCCAUGAACAUUUCAGAUGUCUCUUGGAAGAGGAAAAAGCAACUAUUAAAAGUCUUGCUGUCAAACUGUCUCAGCAUCUGGUCGGUCACAUCAAAAAAUCACUGCCACAGCUUAACGAACAGAUAAAAAAGAAGUUGUGGGAUCUGAAGAAUGAGCUGAAGGAGUGCGAGGCUGGACCACCACAAGACCCUAAGGGAGCCAAACAAUUCCUCAUUAAAACCUUAACAAGAUUCAAUGAAGAAAUCAAAUCAUUAUCAUUAGGGGAGCAGAUUACUGAAGAUCAUUUGUUUGUCCAACUUCGGGAGAAAUUCAGAAAGUGGCAUGAUCAUCUUAACAGUACAAAGACAUUCUGUCAUCAGUUAAGUCAGAAAUACAGAGGGAGGGAACUGCUCGGCUUCAGCAACUACAGAACGUUUGAGAACGUACUGCAGAGGCAUGUGGCCACACAUAAAGCACAUGCCAUUAAAUUACUCAACAUAAUCAAAGACAUCAUCUUACAGCAAUUCACUGAUGUAGUUUAUCAGUGUUUCCAGAACUACCCUGCUCUUCAAAACAUCACUUUGAAUAAAAUCGAUAACAUACAGUCAAGCCAACAAGCCAAGGCAGAGCAGAGGAUCUCAGAGCAGUUUGAAAUGGAAGGCAUGAUCUACACUCAAGAUCCCAUCUACUUGAAGUUCUUGAAUGAGAUUAGUGACGAGAAAUAUUCAGAAGAUCAGUUACCUGUCCUUGACAAGAAAAGCAAGUACAGUGAAAUGCUGCAGGCGUAUUCUGAGAUUGUUGUGCAGCGGAUGUCUGACCAACUCCCCAUGAUGAUCUCCUUUUUCAUGCUGAAGGAAACUGCUCAGCUCCUGUCUACGGACAUGUUAAGUUUACUAGAUGGAGUAAAUGUGAGCGAGCUCCUGUUUGAGAAUUCUGAUGUUGGCAGAAGACGCAAAGACCUACAGACUAGCCUGGACCGUUUGACUGCUGCUCAGGAAGCACUUAGCGAUUUUAUUUGA